AUGGCUCCGACGCCACGAUGCCCGGUCCUCCCCGACGAGAUCAUGGAGGACGAGAUCUUCGCGCGGCUGCCGGCCAAGUCCGUGCUCGCGUGCCGCUGCCUCUCCCGCGCCUGGGCCGCAGCGCUCUCCUCGGAGGACUUCACCGACCUCUACCACGCCAUCCACGGCGCGCGCCCUAAGAUCUUCCGCCUGCAGGACUCCUCCAACGGCGACGAGGAGGAGGACGUUCCGAUCGCCGUCACGGGCGACUGCUUCCCACACUUAAUCACGGUGUUCUGGGACGAGGACCCCUCGAACCGCCCCAUGCACCCGAGCCUCGCCACGACGCAUUGCCGCGGCCUCGUCAUCCUCGAGCAUGUCCCCACGGGGAUCCACUUCCUCUGCAACCCGUCCACCGGCCAGAAGAGGGCGAUACCGGAGGGCCGGACGACGGGUUGCCGGCGUCCCCGCGAUGUGAUGGAGAGGUACGCGAGCCUAGGGCUCGGUUACGACGCGCGCGCCAGGAGGCACAAGGUUGUGCGCGUCUACUACCGUGGCCGCGACGGCGAAGGCCGCCCCGCGUCCGUCGGGUGCGAGGUUUACGUGGUAAACGACGGCGAUGGCUCCACGGAAUCUUGGCGCCCGAUCCCCGCAAGGCCGGCGGGUUGGGUGAAACAGGUCAAACCGAGCGUCUUUGCCCAAGGGCACGUGUACUGGUUAGCCCACCGGACCCUCGGCGACCGGUACGAAGAGAUAGGGAUGAUCAUCGUCUCUUUCCCCGUCUGCGAAGAGACCUUUGCGACCGUGCCGGCACCGCCGGGCAUCCAGGAUGAGGUUCUGCGCAAGUGGCGGUGUCUGACGGAGCUCGCUGGGAGACUGUGCCUUUUCUCCAGCUAUGAGCAUCAGUACCAUGUCUGGCUACUGCGUGGACAUGGACCAGGCACCGUGUGGGAUCUACAUUGCCGAAUAAUCGAGGCAGGCACGGCGGUCAACAGGGUCAUGAGAGGUAUCCCACUGGCCCUUAUGGACAAUGGCCGGAGCAUCCUCCUAACGCAAACUGACUUUCCAAAGGACAUUUGGGCAUACACCCCAUCGAGCGGCGACAUUGAGAAGCUCAUCGACUUGAAGAGCUUGGUCCAUCGAAAUAACUGGCUCUUGGAGGUUGCGGUGUACGAGGAAAGCACUGCGCGUCUCGGAAGGCUGCCACACGGGGACAUAGUCUUGGCCUCAUCGCUAUCUACGCAGGCCAUGUCGCUGGUGCUACAAUUGUUAUCGGAACGCACGCUCAGAAGGCUUAUGUGCGUCUGCCGGAGCUGGCAGAACAUGAUCGCAAGUGAACUUUGGUGCUCUGAGUACACGCAUGCACGGUGA